AGAUUGUCGUUUUUAUCCCUUACGGAAGAUUGCGAGAGGCGAGACAACGACAAUCAUUUCUAAUCAACGAACUCUAUUCUAUCAUGGAAUGGUAGUUUCGUCAUUUGAAAGAUCAUCCUAGGCAUUUCCGUCUACAAAGGAGAACAUUCGAGCUUCUUUGUAGAGAAACAGAGAGGGAGAGUUGCAGUUCUUGAUCCUCUUAAGAAGGCGGAACCCUAAUUUUCUUGAAUCGGAGCUCUGCAACUUUCUCGAGAAAACAUAGAUAUGGUUGAUGUAGCCGACAAAUUAGCCUAUUUUCAAGCUAUCACAGGCCUUGAAGAUCCCGAUUUGUGUUCUGAGAUCCUUGCUGCCCAUGGCUGGGACCUAGAACUCGCUAUCUCCUCUUUCACUGUCACCAAUUCCGACCGUCCGGAGAGUUCCGCGACGGUCGCUGCCGAUGUUGCAGAGGUAGGGAGAAGCGAACGGUCUAGUGAAGAAUUGCGCUUGCUUCAGAGAUCGGAGACAAUGGGCGGGGUUGUUGCUCCGCCUGGUUUGGCGUGGAAACUCAUUACGUUACCGAUUUCUGUAAUUUCCGGUAGUUUAGGGUUAAUUUCUGGUGCGAUUGGGCUGGGAAUGUGGGCGGCGGGAGGUGUGUUAUCGUAUUCGUUGAGUAUGAUCGGGUUGGGCUCUGGUUCGGGGAGGAAUGGUGACUCCUCGUCGCCGUUGGUUUCUGUGUCAGCAGCGGGCGCGGAGGCGAUGGAUUUUGUGGCGAGUUUCGAGAAGGAUUAUGGUGCGACUCGGCCGAAUUUUGUGACCGAGGGGUUUAUGGAUGGGCUGCAACUCUCUCGGAACGCUUUUAAGCUGUUGUUUGUGUACUUGCACUCGCCGGAUCAUCCUGAUACGCCUUUGUUUUGUGAGAGGACUCUUUGUUCUGAGCCCUUGGCGGCUUUUAUUAAUGAAAAUUUUGUGUCGUGGGGAGGGAAUAUCCGGGCCAGCGAGGGGUUCAAGAUGAGUAACAGCUUGAAGGCUUCUCGGUUUCCAUUUUGUGCGGUGGUAAUGGCUGCCACGAAUCAGAGGAUUGCUCUGCUUCAGCAGGUUGAGGGACCAAAAUCUCCUGAAGAAAUGCUCACAAUUCUGCAGAAAGUGCUUGAAGAAAGUGCCCCUGUUCUUGUUGCAGCAAGGCUUGAUGCGGAAGAAAGAAGAAACAGCACAAGAUUGAGGGAGGAGCAAGAUGCUGCUUAUCGUGAAGCACUUGAAGCUGACCAAGCUAGGGAACGCCAGAGGAAAGAAGAACAAGAACGGCUGGAAAGGGAAGCUGCUGAAGCUGAGAGGAAGCGCAAGGAGGAAGAAGAGGCUCGUGAAAGAGCAGCACGUGAAGCCGCUGAGAAAGAAGCCGCACUAGCUAGAAUGCGGCAGGAGAAAGCUCUGUCACUUGGCAGUGAACCUGAAAAAGGACCUAAUGUCACUCAGGUAUUGGUACGAUUUCCCACCGGAGAACGCAAGGACAGAAGGUUCCAUAGUACAGCAACAAUCCAAUCUCUAUACGACUAUGUUGAUUCGUUGGGUUGCUUGGAUGCCGAAAGCUACAGCCUUGUCUCUAACUUCCCCAGAGUGGUAUAUGGCCCAGAGAAGCUCUCACUGUCGUUGAAAGAAGCUGGAUUGCAUCCACAGGCCAGCCUUUUUGUGGAGCCGAACUGAUGAGAACAACUACAAAAUGUGAAGCUAAUAUGGUCAAAUAGUAGUCCCGGAUGGGAUCUCCAAGUAGAAUAUCUUGUUGUGCUUCUCUUUUGUCAAGUAACUUUAGGAAUGAUACGACUACGAUGAGAUAAUAUAACAGCUAGCCUCCUAUGUCUCUCUAUGUGGAUGUUAAUUUCCCUUGCACUGCACAGAUUCAAUCAAACAAAUGGCUGUAGAGUGGAAAAUGGGUUUGAACUGAGGAUGAUGAUGAUUCCCCACAGAUAUUUACCAACUUGAGAAUGAAAUAAGCUUUUACCAUUUGCCA